ACAAACCUCUUAUUGAAAUUAAAAUGAGCUCCUAUUUUGUCAACUCACUCUUCUCCAAAUACAAAACCGGCGACUCCCUGCGCCCCAAUUAUUAUGACUGUGGCUUCGCUCAGGAUCUGGGGGGCAGACCCACCGUGGUGUACGGACCCAGCGCGGGGGGCACCUUCCAGCACCCACCCCAAAUCCAGGAAUUCUACCACGGAGCCUCGUCUCUCUCCAGCUCCCCGUACCAGCAGAACCCGUGCGCCGUGGCUUGCCACGGGGACCCCGGCAACUUCUACGGCUACGAGCCCCUGCAGAGGCAGAGCCUGUUCGGGGCGCAGGAGCCCGAGCUGGUGCAGUACACCGACUGCAAACUCGCCGCCAGCGGCCUCGGAGAGGAGGCGGAGAGCUCCGAGCAGAGCCCUUCUCCCACCCAGCUCUUCCCCUGGAUGCGACCGCAAG